AUGUUUUAAUCAUAAGUAAUUAAUCGAAAAUUGAAAACAGAGUUCAGUAAAGUCACUCCCACUGUGAGAAUGAUGAAAGAGUUGCAGAGGUCCAAUGAACAUAAGAAUUAUUCGUUUGAAUAUCCCAGUACCUACGAUUAACUACCUAAAAAACUUAGAUGUCAAUCAACUUAUUCGAAACUCUGUGGUUUCAGAUCUCAGAAAUACUAGUUGUUUCAUGAUGUUGUCUCUGAAUUUGCAGAACACAAAAAGUAAAGAUUAGCCAAUGUUAUCAUACAAAAUCUAAGUAAUCACUCCUGUAUCAAAGAUCCGCAGAAAAAUCUAACCUCCCAUCCCAGGGCUCGGCUCUGGACCAAACAUCAAUCAUAAUUACAGCCAAUUCAUGAAGAAAGUCAAAGAUUUCAAAAUCUCAGAAUAGAACGUCAUCACCCAAACCCCAUAGUAUUCAUACCUACAUUUAAACCUAGCUCCAUACACGAAAACAUGCCUCUUACAAGAUAACCCUCAAUUGAAUAAGCCUUCGACACCAAACAAACCAUUACUCUGAGUUGUUCACGAAAACAAAGCCCGAAAAUGCUCUUCAAACCAUAAUAAUUUAUAUUAAAAUCAAAGUUCAAAACUAACAAUGCCCUUGAGAAAAUUUUGACCGAAGCCAGAAACCAAAUCAAAACUUCUUAAUCUCCCAGAUCUGUCCACAUCAGCCAACACAAAAAGACCAAAUCUCAUCCCACCAAUGUUUAUACUGAACAAAACAAACUCUUACAAAGAGUCAUACUAAAAACUAAGUUGAAUUAAUGA